GAUGUUUUUGGAAUGGUGCUAUGUUGACGAGAAUGGCGAGUACGUCUUUCUGGUCUACGAUGAGAAUGACUAAGCAUAUUUAUUGGGAAAGCGCAAAAGACAGGGGAAUUCGGGCGUUUUCGAGACUAUUUUAUUCUCGAGCGUGAAAAACUACCGAAUCGGAAAUGUCCAUGGAUGGAAAAAGAUCGAUAAAAAUGGUACGUCAUGCAGACCACAUCGCACAAUGGGAUCCAUUGUCACCUGGUCCGUGUCUCGACAUCAGCGACGAUGAACUUGUUACGAUAUCAGUACGAGAUUUAAACAGGCAAUUAAAAUUGCGUGGACUAUCCAGGGAAGAAAUUGUGCGUAUGAAGCAGCGAAGACGUACUCUGAAGAAUAGAGGGUACGCAGCCAGCUGUCGCAUAAAACGUAUUGAACAGAAAGAUGAAUUAGAAUCUGAGAAGACUCAAGAAUAUCGAGAUAUGGAAGCUAUGCAAGAUGACAAUAAUCGUAUGAGGGAGGAGAUAGAGUCUUGGCAUUCAAAGUAUCAAGCGUUGAAAAAGUUUGCCCUAGAAAAGAAAAUUAUUAUUCCACCAGACUUGGAAACCAUGUAAAGUUUAAAUGUUAACUCCAUUAAUAUUUAUCCAUAAAAAUAUUUAAUAAUGGAAAUUGAUAAGUAUUUUAAUGUUGUAAUAUUUGUGUUAAUUUUUGUUAGAUUUUAGAAAGUUUUAUCUGUAAGAGAGAGACUUUGGGUUGCAUAUAUAACCUUUAAUUCAUUUAUUCAUAAAAAUAAUAUAAUUUAGAAUGUCAUAAUUUACAUGUCAAU